AGAGGAAGAAGGCAGGGGGCGGGUUUUAGCGUCACGCCCCGCCCCGCCCCUUCCCUCUUCCGACCAAUGGCGUGGCUCGACGGAGAGGCCGGAGGGCAGCGAUUGGCCAGUUCGGAACUGAGGGAGAGAUUUGAAAUUGUUUAACGGCGGCGGCCGCCGCGAAGCCAAGCGAGGAGGCUGCUCCUGAGGUGUCUGCUCCAAGACUGCUGGAAAAGGAUCUGUUCCAGUAGAGGAGGAGGUGGAGUUAUUAAAAAAUGUCUGAGGAUACAUAUUCUUAUGAUGUUCCUAAUCCUGUAAGCUUUAAAGACAUAAACGAUGAUGAGACCCUUGGUAUUGAUGCUUGGUUUGAUCUUAGAAGGCCAACACUGUGCACCCCAAGAGAGGACAUGACACGGGCAUUCAUGCAGAGAGCGUCAGCAUCAAGGGCCAAGCUCCCACAUGCUAUCAUCUCACCGAUGCUGAAAUCCAGUGAUAAAUGCACUGAAAAUAAGGACGUAGAACUGUCAAAUAGAGGGACACCCGGUGUGGUUGGUGCUAUGACAGAGCAGCAGGGCACAUCAAAUGAAGUAACGACAGCAGUUUCUGCAAGGCCUCCUGGAAGGGUGGCAAGGAGGCUUUCUGCUCGACGGAAGAGUGCCCAGCGCAGACUCAUGGCCAAAAGCCAAGCAGAGAAAUGUGCUGCUGCCAUGGCCAGCAAACAAGAACCUCCCCCUUCAAAGAAACAAAAAUUAUCUGCUCAACAGGACAAACUGAGCGAAAUAGCCUUGAACAGAUAUGUUACACCCACAAAGGCCAAAGUACCUGUCACACCUGCAACAUUAAAGAGGAAGAAUCCAUCUGUCAAGGGAAAGUCCACAGAGGAUCUGGAAGUGGAGAAGAUGCAACAACUGCAGCAAGAGGUGGCUGAGUUGCGCAGGAAGAAUGAGGAGUCUCUUAGAGCUGCCAUUGCUGGACCGGGGCAACCUGUGAAGACAGCGACCCAUAUAACCAAGCCAGUAGACUUCCAUUUCUGCACAGACGACAGGAUUAAACAGCACGGGGAAAGCCAGCCUGGCACAGAAUACAAGGAGGUGGACUUCGUAGCAGCCCUGAGGAGACAUCCGCCAUCUCCGGCCCGAGUGGCAAAGGGACCCACAAUCCCAAAGCCGUUCAAUCUCUCCCAAGGUAACAAAAGGAAGCUUGAAGAAAACCCUGCUGAAUAUGUAUCCUUGGCUCAGCAAGUAGAAAACUUCCAGAAACGCACUCCCCCACGUUACCACCUGAGGAGCAGGAAGGAUGAUGAAGGCAUAACACAGAACAGACCCCUGAAGCCCAAGGUUACUAACCCAAAAACUCCCCGCCUUGAGACAAAGACCCGUUCCAGGCCUGUCACAUGCAAGAGUUCAGCUGAGCUGGAGGCUGAGGAGAUUGCCAGGCUUCAGCAGUACAAGUUCAAAGCUCAGGAACUCAACCACCGGAUCUUGGAGGAUGCUCCCCUUUUGCCUAAAAAGCUGCCAAUGAAAGAGCUCACCAAACCAAUUGGCUUCAACCUGGAGAUUGAGAAGCGCAUUCAAGACCGUGAGAACAAGAAACCAGAGGAGGAGGAGCACUAUGAAUUCCAUUCGAAGCCAUGCCCCAUCAGAAUCCUAGAGGAUGUGGUGGGUGUUCCGGAGAAAAAACAGCUUCCCAUCACAGUACCUAAGUCCCCAGCUUUUGCCCUGAAAAACAGAUCCAAUACCUUGGCAAGAGAAGAGAAAGAGAAGGAAGAAGUAGUUCCGGUGAUCAAAGCCAAGCCAGCGCCACAUUUUGGUGUGCCGUUUAAGCCAAAAACCAUAGAGCCACGGCAAGUGGAGAUCUGCCCUUUUUCCUUUGACUCACGGGACAAAGAGAGGCUGCUCCAAAAAGAGAAGAAAAUUGAAGAGCUGCAGAAAGAAGAGGUACCCAAGUUCAAAGCCCACCAGCUACCUCAGUUUGACCACAUCAGCUUGCCAGAGAAGAAGGUAAAGAACCCCACCAAGCCAGAGCCCUUCCAGCUGGCAGUUGAUGCACGAGGAGCCCUGCGGCAUGAGAUGUGGCAGCAACAGCUCAAGGAAGAGAUGAAACGGCAGAAGGAGGCUGCUUCUUUCAAGGCCCAGCCCAGCACUGUUGUGCACCAGGAACCUUUUGUGCCAAAGAAGGAGAGCAAGUCCCUUUCAGCUCCUGAAAGUUUUGAGCUUGCUACAGAGCGGCGCGCUCGAGAGCGGCAGGAGUAUGAGAAAUGUCUGGCAGAGCUUGAGGCCAAGAAGGCGCAACAGCAAGAAGCGGCGAGGCGCAUUGAGGAAGAGCAAGAGAAAAGGGAAUUGGCCAGGCUCAGAGAUGAGCUGGUGCACAAAGCCAACCCCAUCCGCAAGUACCAUAAUGUGGAAAUCAAGCCCAGUGAACAUCCGUUGACAGUUCCCAAGUCUCCCAACUUUUCUGACCGAUUCCAGCGUUGACAUGACCUCCCCACCACCACCGUCGCCAGUGCUGAUCUGCCCGGAGCAAAAGGACCGUCCACCUCACUCUUGGGCUGUUUUUCCUCCAUGGCAGAGACUUUUUUUUCUCAAACUGCCACUGGCUGGGUUUUUUUUUUCAUGGCUUCAUUUCCUGAAAGCGAAGAACUAGACUGUAUUCUGACUAUAGUUGCUUCCAGACCCUGUUUGCAUUUUUAGUGUAGCUCCGUCUUUUCAGAGGAGCCUGUGUUUAUAUGCCAAAUAUUGUAUACUUUAACGAAAAUAAAAUGUUACUACUGGGCAGGUUUCUCUCUGCCCCUUGGGA